AUUUUCUACUUUCCAUGACCCAUAUCCUUUAUAAAACCCAUAAGCCCAUGAAACCAGUUUUUACCAUGUAUACCUUCCAACCCUCUAUUCAAUACUAAUCCAUGGAAGAAGACCAAGCUAAUAAAACCAUGCCCGCAGAAGAAGAAGUAGUAGGAGGACUGAAUAAGCUUCUUUGUAUUAACAAUACUAAAGAUGGUAGAGAUGUAAAUCUUGAAGAAUUGGAGGAGAUUUUGGGUUACAAAUUCAACAACAAACGCUUACUUGAAGAGGCCUUUACACAUGCCUCGGCUCUAAAGACCUCAAAUUCUUCCUCUACUUCUUUUUCUUCUUCUUCUUCUUCAUAUGAACGUUUGGAGUUUGUGGGCGAUGCAGUAUUGAGCCUGUUAAUAUCCAGAGAGCAUUAUUUCUUGUACCCGGAUUUAUCAUCUGGCCCAUUGACCCGGCUCCGUUCCUCUAAUGUUGAUACCGAGAAACUUGCUCGUGUGGCCGUCAAACACGGUUUGCAUCGGUUUCUACGCCAUAAUAAACCUAAACUUGAAGACGAAAUAAGGAAGUUUAUCCAAGAAAUAUCAGAGUUCCCAUUGCAUUCCAAUGGACUAAUUGAUGUACCAAAAGACCUUGCUGAUAUUGUUGAAUCAGCAAUUGGGGCUGUUUUCAUUGAUAGCGACUCUUCCUUGGAUAUUGUGUGGAAGGUAUUUAAGAGUCUAUUGGAGCCCAUCAUUAGUCCUGAAACAAUUAAGAGACACCCAGUGACAGAGCUUUAUGAAAUAUGUCAGAAAAAUAAUUUGAAAGUUCAAUUUGUGGAUUUGUGGAAGAAAAACACUGGUUUUGAUGUUUAUGUACAGGAUAAACUUAUUGGAAGUGCAACCUAUGGACUUAAGAAAGAAAUUGCACAUAAUAGAGCUGCAAAAGAUGCACUGAACAAUAUAGGAAGGGUACUAAGUGAAAAAUAUAGCAUCCAAGGUUAAGGUUUUCACAAUUUUUCUAUGUACUUGGAACAAUCUGGAGUACAAAUGGUGAGAUUCUUGUAUUUUUCUUGUGAAAAAAAAAAAAAAUUUCUGUUGUAUAACCUAAUCUUUAUAUGGGGUUUGUAAAGUUUAAUCCUUGAUAAGAUUCUUUGGAGGAGAAGACUAUAAGGGUUGCGGAUCACUGAUAAAGUUGAAAAGAUGGGUUAGCAAUGAUCACUUGAUCCAAGUAAUUCCUUAACCCAUAAUUACCACCUAAAGACCCUUUUUUUCAUUUACCAAAUAAAUAAAUAAAUAAGAGUGAGAAAAUAAAUAAAAAAAUAAUACCACCAAGAAAGCUGGAGCAUGAGGAUCUGUUUCUUGUGGAGAAAAUAAGAUCACAUUUCCAUAUGCGUCAUCUUCAUAGGUAACAUAUGACAAGUGAUCUAAAAAGCUUCUUUUGAUGUUUUGAGUGGCAUUUUUGCUU